UGGCUUUACUCUGGUCCAGAGGAUGUGACUACAGACGCUCGCGCGCCUCAUCGGCCCGUUCCCUCGGUUUGUUUGCGUCCUUCUUGCUGUUUACCGUCGAAAUGGAGCUCGGUCGGAAUUAGCGGGAGUCGCGCUCCUCGCCUCUGGAGAUGAUCCACCGGCAGCUCGCUGUGUCCCAGGUGUUGGUCUGCUUUGGGUUGACUGGUCAUUAUGCUGAUGCAGCUCUGUAGUAUCAAGAACUUGUACCAGAACCGGCUCCUGGGCCUGGCAGCCAUGGCGUCCCCGACCCGCGGCAGCCGGACCCGGCAGCGCUGCAAGGACGCGGCUCGCCACAGCUACGGGCCGGACAGCUACGCCGUCAACGGUCUGACGCAGGAGGGCUUCAUGCUGGGGCUGCCGCGCUCCACCAGCGACACCGAUCUGGUCUCCCCGGACGCCCGCUCCACCCUGGCCAUCAGCUCCUCCCACUACACCAUAGGCCAGUCUGAAGACAUGGUGGUCACCUGGGACAUCAAGGAGGAGGUGGACGCGGGAGACUGGAUCGGCAUGUACCUUGUCGAUGAGGCUUUGUCGGAGAACUUCCUGGACUACAAGAACAGAGGCAUCAACGGCUCUCACAGGGGACACAUCGUUUGGAAGAUUGACUCCAGCUCCAACUUCUGCGACUCGGAGACGCAGGUCUGCUUCAGGUACUACCACGGAGUCACCGGAGCCCUGAGGGCCACCACACCGAGCAUCACCAUAAAGAAGGGCCCCGCGCAUGUGUUAAAGCCGGUGGUCAUUCCUGAAGUCAACCACGGACUGGGCAACAGGAGACUCAUUAACUUCUCCUUGUCAGACCUGCAAGCAGUUGGUUUGAAGAAGGGGAUGUUCUUCAAUCCCGACCCCUACCUGAAGCUCUCCAUCCAGCCCGGAAAGCACAGCAUCUUCCCCUCGCUGCCGCACCACGGCCAGGAGAAGCGCUCCGCCGUGGUCUGCAACACCGUCAACCCGCAGUGGAGCUCAGAGAGGUUCUCCUUCGUGUCCCUGCCCACUGACGUCCUGGAGAUCGACGUGAAGGACAAGUUCGCCAAGAGUCGGCCCAUCAUCAAGCGUUUCCUGGGGAAGCUCUCCGUGCCCGUCCAGAGGCUGCUGGAGAAACACGCCAUCGGGGAUCGGGUAGUGAGCUACUCUCUGGGCCGCAGGUUGCCGACCGACCACGUCUGUGGUCAGCUGCAGUUCCGCUUCGAGCUGACCUCCUGUAUUCACCCGGAUGAUGAGGAGAUGUCCCUGGUCAUAGAGGCAGCCUGUCCCCGGGGGGGGGCUGCAGCCAAUGAUGCAGCCGAUGACGACACGCUGAGCGUUGGACCGGACAUGCCUGACCUCCCGCUGGACGCCGCCCACGAGCCCGAGACCUCAGCGCCGCCCCCCGUGGUGGAAGUCCCCCCACCUGAGGAAGUCCUUCCCGACGAGCCCGAGGACGAGAGCGCCGUGGGGGAGGAGCCACGGGUGGAGCCGGAGGAGGGGCCCCCAGCUGGACAGCAGGCGGAGAACAGUGAGGGGGGGGCGCAGGAGGAGCAAAUAGCAGGGUGUGUUCCACAAGCUGAGGAGGAGGCGACAGUAGGAGUGGACGAGGAGGUCGGGGGGGGGACGCAGCCGAAGCCAGACUCUGACAACGCUGAGUCAGCAACCAGUGGGACUGCUUCUACCGAGGCCCCCACCGAGGGGAGCGUCACCUUCCAGGAGGCCCCCACCGAGGAGAGCAGCACUUUCCAGGAGGCCCCCACCGAGGGGAGCGUCACCUUGCAGGAGGCCCCCACCGAGGGGACGGAGGGAGGGGAAAGAAGCUGCGUCCCCUGUGCCUGCAGGUCCCUCUUCACCAACUACAGCGGCCACGCCCCCCCGCGGCGCAAGACCCGCCCAUGCUCCCUCCCCGUGUCGGAGCUGGAGACGGUGAUCGCGUCGGCCUGCGGCGAGCCGGAGACGCCUCGGUCCCACUACAUCCGCAUCCACCACCUCCUGCACAGCCUGCCCUCCGCCCAACACAGAACCCUGAGCCAGGAGGAGGGGGAGCCGGGGGGGGAGGAGGACACGGGCAACCGAGACACCACCUCCACAUCGCCGACGCUCAAGCCCUCUAAAGAGGAGGGGCAGGAGGAGGAGGAGGAUACAACGCAGUCUCCCUCUCAGGUCACUGAGUGCCCCGCCCCCUGCUGCCGCCGCUCCCUGCCCCGCAGCCUCUCCAUCGAGCGCCUCUCGGAGCUCAACCAGCUCCUGGAGGGUGACGGAGGAGGAGGACCCGCGGCCGUCAGGAGGAGGUCCCGCUCCUGCCUGGAGAGCGAGGAGGGGGACUCCAGCACCGGAGGAGGGAGGAGAGUCGGCGGCACCUCGUGCGAGUUUUGCGACACCUCGUGCUACAGCACCUCCUGCUACAGCCCCUCGUGCUACAGCACCUCCUGCUACAGCAACUCGGGCUACGAGGGGAGGAGCCGCGUCUGCAGCCACACCCGCCUCUCCUCGGUGGACAGCAACAGGCUCUCCGGCAGCACCGUCUUCUCCUCCCAGGACGAGGACGAGGACGAGGAGAGCGCCUUCGAGGCGCUGCUGGACGCAGGGCACGUGGCGGAGGGCCAGGAGGGGGGCCGGGCGGGCGGAGAGAGGAGCACGGGGCGGAUGAAGGAGGCCGGGAGAGGAGAGCCGGGGGAGCCGGCUGUGGCGGGGCCCAGCGACGGAACCGACACGGCCUCCUUCAUGGAUUCAUCAACUGCAUGCUCCUCCCCUCCUGCUGGCCAUCCAGUCCUGCGACCCAGCCAUGACCUAAACCAUUUCCCUGCUGCCACUGACCAAGCCUUACCUCCAAACUGGGAAGCUCGCAUCGACAGCCACGGCCGAGUCUUCUACGUGGACCAUGUCAACCGCACCACAACGUGGCAGAGACCCGUCCACAGCAGCAAGUGUCACCACGGCGUCCCCCGCUCGGGGUCCACGCAGCAGAUGGAGCAGCUCAACAGGAGGUACCAGAACAUCCAGAGGACCAUGGCCUCCGAGGAGGACGGGGGGGGUCCCGUGCUGGAGCGCAGCGGCAGCACAGAGGCUGAUUGUGAUUCGCCUCCUGCAGGCCCCGCCUCCCCUGUCAAUCACCAGAAGAUCAGCCAUCUCCUCCAAUCACCGGCUGUCAAGUUCAUGACACACCCCGAGUUCUUCACUGUGCUGCACAGUAACUAUGCGGCCUACCGGAUGUUCACCAGCAGCAGUUGUGUGAAACACAUGAUCCUGAAGGUGCGUCGCGACGCCAGGAACUUUGAGCGCUACCAGCACAACCGGGACCUGGUGGUCUUCCUCAACAGGUUCGCAGACACUCAGCUGGAGCUUCCCCGGGGCUGGGAGAUCAAGAGCGACCCGCAGGGCAAGUCUUUCUUUGUGGACCACAACAGCCGCGCGACCACCUUCAUUGACCCCCGCAUCCCGCUGCAGAACGGCCGGCUGCCGGGUCACCUCGCUCACAGGCAGCACCUGCAGAGACUCCGCAGCUACAGCGCCGGCGAGGCCUCGGAUGUGUCCAGGAGUCGGGGGGCUUCUCUGAUGAGCAGGCCCGGAAACAGCCUGGUAGCCGCCAUACGGAGCCAGCACAACUCCCAGAUGAGCGCUCCGUCGUACAACGACAAGAUCGUGGCCUUCCUUCGACAGCCCAACGUCUUCGACAUGCUGCAGGAGCGCCAGCCGAGCCUCAGCAGGAACCACGGCCUGAGGGAGAAGAUCCACUACCUUCGCACAGAAGGUGCCCAGGGGGUGGAGAAGCUGUCAUGUGACGCCGACCUGGUCAUCCUGUUGAGUCUCUUUGAAGAGGAGAUCAUGUCGUAUGUUCCUCCUCACCCCAUCCACCCCGGCUUCAGCCUGUCUCCUCGCUGCUCCCCCGCCUCCUCCCCACAGAACUCUCCUGGCCUGCAGAGGGCGAGAGCUCCUGCUCCUUACCGAAGAGACUUUGAAGCCAAGCUGAGAAACUUCUACAGGAAGUUGGAAGCCAAAGGCUACGGACAAGGCCCGGGCAAGAUCAAGUUGCUCAUCCGGAGAGAACACUUGCUGGAGGGAACCUUCAACCAGGCAAUGUCGUACUCACGCAAAGAGCUGCAGAGGAACAAACUCUACGUCACUUUCCUGGGAGAGGAGGGGUUGGACUACAGUGGCCCGUCCAGAGAGUUCUUCUUCCUGUUGUCUCAGGAGCUGUUUAAUCCGUACUACGGCCUGUUUGAGUACUCCGCCAACGACACCUACACCGUGCAGAUCAGCCCCAUGUCAGCGUUCGUGGAGAACCAUCUGGAGUGGUUCCGCUUCAGUGGGCGUAUCCUGGGUCUGGCUCUGAUCCAUCAGUACCUGCUGGAUGCUUUCUUCACCAGACCCUUCUACAAGGCCCUGCUCAGAUUGUCCACGGACCUGUCUGAUCUGGAGUACCUGGACGAGGAGUUCCACCAGUCUCUGCAGUGGAUGAAGGACAACGACAUAACCGACAUCCUGGACCUCACCUUCACCGUCAAUGAGGAGGUCUUCGGCCAGGUGACGGAGCGGGAGCUGAAGUCGGGCGGCUCCAACAUCCAGGUGACGGAGAAGAACAAGAAGGACUACAUCGAGCGGAUGGCCAAGUGGAGGGUGGAGAGAGGAGUGGUGCAGCAGACGGAGGCGCUGGUCAGAGGCUUCUACGAGGUGGUGGACUCCAGGCUGGUGUCGGUGUUCGAUGCGCGGGAGCUGGAGCUGGUCAUCGCCGGUACCGUCGAGAUCGACCUCAUCGACUGGAGGAGCAACACCGAGUACCGAGGAGGUUACCACGACGGCCACAUCGUGAUGCGCUGGUUCUGGGCCGCCGUAGAGCGCUUCAACAACGAGCAGCGGCUCCGCCUGCUGCAGUUCGUCACCGGGACGUCCAGCGUGCCCUACGAGGGCUUCGCCUCGCUGCGGGGGUCCAACGGCCUGCGGCGCUUCUGCAUCGAGAAGUGGGGCAAAGUCACAUCGCUGCCGAGGUACCCGACCCCUUUCCACCAAUCAGCACUUUGCUCACCGGCAUCUGAGAGAGGGGCCGGGGCUUCACCCAACACAUGCGUCGUCUGUCCUGAACGCAGCACGUUGCCUUCAAGCUCAAGGUCGUACAUUGCAGUGUGUAUUAUUUCACUACACGAGUACAGCAGGUUGCUACGAUGCUCGGGCUCAGCACAGGAUCUAUUUUCAGUGUUUCCUCUCCUCUGUGUCAGGUAGACGUGACCUUGUGCAAAGCGCGUGCACGUGACCUCACAGCAGCAUUUGGCGUCGGAGCGAGAACGUGCUCAGCAGACACAAGAUGAGGGGCUCCAGUUUCAAUCUGAGGACGCUUGGAGCUUCAGCAGCAGUGUGACUGCAGGGCUACAGAUGAUAGCGGGGGUGGGGGGGGGGGGGGCUAAAGCUUACUGAUACUGAUUCCUUCUAUCAAAAAUCCUAGCAUCCUCAAGGGAGCAAUCAUAUACAGAUGUGCCCUCAUUCCAAGUGUCCUUUGUCCUGCUAAAGACAUGUGUAUUGUAGUAUUGUACAUGGUGGCGUGAGUCCUAACAGUUGUCCCCGUCCCCCUCAGGGCUCACACCUGUUUCAACCGCCUGGACCUGCCUCCUUACCCCUCGUACACCAUGCUGUAUGAGAAGCUGCUGGUCGCCGUGGAGGAAACCAGCACCUUUGGCCUGGAGUGAGCAGGAGUCCCGUAGCAAGGACAAGGUCCCUGCCCGGGGGGACACCUGUGGGACGCCUGUGGGACACGAGAAAAGAAGCAUCCCCCGCUGGCUCCAUCGGCAUGAAGAUUCUUGGAUUGCACUUCUAAGUUUUUGGUCACGUGGAUGUGUGUCACUGUUACUGUACCGUGUGUUAGAGCCCCUCAUUUAACUAAUAGGAUCUCCAUGGCAACACCUACUGUGAAAUGACAGUUACAUCCAGUCUAAUAUAAAAACAGUGGAUACUUGAGAACUUGUUGAAAAGUGAAUAGCAGAACUUAGCAGAUAGAGGCAAAGACGGACUAAAUGGAAACAGAAACAAUUAUACGUAGAGUGUAUCCAUGGGCUGUAGAGAAGUAUAAUGCAGAGUUUAAAGAAAGGGCCCAGAUGGAUGAUACCGGGGAGCCCUGAUGCCAAAGGAACUAUGAUGAGAGCCUGAGGAUCUGUCUGAUGAGGGCCGUGGUUGGGGUCUGGACCCUAAAGAAUGUGGUGGAUCUUUGUGGAAGCAGCCUCGCCAAGGCCUCAGUGGUGAUCAGAACCUUCAAUCAGCAACCACGUGAAGAUGCUUGGAUUGGCUCCAGGCAGAGCUGCACACUGAGGAGACUUUGAAUGCAACAUCAUGCAGAGGUCGAAGCAUCACGAGAUAGAAGGAUUGAUCGUUUAACGGUUGAGCCAACCAUACAUCAUCGUUGUCUCCUGUCCUCACACACACGGGCGAUGCUAAAACUCUUCGCCCUGCUUAGGAGUAACAGUACUGUAUGAAUGAAUCAUGCUGUAGGGAUACUUCACCUUUGGUUUACAGCACACCAACAGAGCACCCUUUAAAUACCUGCUUGUGAUGCCCACUACCAUGGAGACCCCAUGGUACUGGUGUCAUGCAGGAAGGUCUACAUGUGGACCUGCACCACCCCAGGGUCCGGCCCAAAGUGAGGACACCUUGUGUGUGUCCUCCUCCUGGUUAGUGACACAAGCGGUCCUUCUCUGCGACAACAAGAGUCUAAAGUAGCCGAGGAUGCCAACACGAGGGCUCCUGGGAUCCAGGGCCAUCAGGCCAGACCGACCUGCAGCUCAGGACACCGGGCCAGCUGUGAAUCCUUUAGUCCACGGUGCUGUUUCUCUCUGACUGUGUACGUCCAGCCUCUCAGACCCGCACUGUCCCACACAGCAGAGCAGCACGCAGGUCUCCAAGAACCCCGGUGGACUGCUCGGCUCCCUGCACCGGCCCUUCUGCUGACGUGCACGUGGGGCCAGCAGGGGCCAUCGGGGCCCUCGGACAAACCAGUGUAACAUAUGCAAUAGUUGAGACCUUUGCUGCGAUGGGUCCCACAGUACCGCGUUCCCUGUACAGGAGCCUGGUCUCCACCUGUGGCUCUCCGGCGUCAGGAGGACUGUCACUACUCCAGAUGCUUGGUUCUGUGUGAAGCCCCCUGCUUGUUCUCACCGUGUGUGUGCGCUGAAGCCCCGAGGACACGUGCGGUCAUGAGCAGUCCCACUGGAUCAACAUCCCCAUGUAGUCCAGCCAGAUGUUGGACAGCUGUAUCAGUGUGGGGGGAGCGCAGAUAGGAGGAAGGCUGCGUUAGCCACCACGAGCAUCACCGCCACCUCACGUUAACACAGUGGAUCGCCAUGACGACAAUCUUUCCCCAACCUUAAGCAUACCAUAGUUGCCAAGCGAUGAUCUUGUGCAAAACAAAAUCUUGUUUUGUGUUGCAAUUGGAUUUAAAAAGAAUAAAAUCAUUUGGACACUAUGGACAACAUGCAUGCACUUAAACACCCUCAGCGUUCCCGUGUGGCCCCCAGAGCCAACACCACGGCAUGCUGGGAUAGGAUCCAGCCUAGGGGGGCUGUAGGCAGCAGGUAAACGCAACACGCGGCCCCCCGUUCGGCUGAAUUUGACCUCAGCUGGACCUUUGGCUCGGGUUCAAAGGUCACAUUUUUAUAUUUUUCGUUUCAAAGACCCAAAUGGUGCUUUAUCUGCGUGUGAGCUGCAGAAUUGAUCACCUCGGGUACUGAGCUUUCAACAACACUUUCCUGCAGAAGUAUAUAUGUAUGUAUUUAUACAUAUAUUUACAUAUACAUGGAUAUCUAUAUAUUAGCCAGAUCAGUAGUACUACAAUCAUCCUAACGGCUGUGACGAGGCCUUGUCAACGCAUCGCUACAACCAGGAGGACCAGGUGGUGAUUAUGUUGCAUCUCCUCUUUCCUUCUUUUUUUCUACAAUCUUUUGUACUGUUAUUUAUACUGAAUUGUAUUUAUGAGGAAAGGGCGGUCGCCCCGCUUUCCUUAAAGGUUUUCUUUGUCGGAUCUUUCUUUGUUGUUGUUUUGAUAAUAUUAUCAGUUGCUUCACUUUUGAAGCCUUUGCGGUUUGACAAAGCUCUUCUGUUUCUGUUUCCGUUCUUAUGGCUCCAUCCACGCUCUGUGGUCACAUGACCUCCUUCCUAUUCAGGUUCUGUUGAUGUUUUCCUCCCACGUCUUGCUAUGUCAUAGAUGUCAGCUGCAUGAAUCAAAUACUCAAAUCUGGACAGUUGUGACAACAAGGGACGCCGUAUAAAAAGAUCAUGUAUGACAUUUGUGUAAACUGUGAGGACCAUGAAUGGAAGUCUUGAUCAUGUGGAACGAACUAUUCUGGAAAAGAAGUGGCUGCCAACGUGUAAGUGCAUUGAUAGUAGACGUCGUAGACCUGGUACACCUAAACAGGCUUAUGGAGAGGUGCCUUCCCAAAGGUACGCUGUUUGUGUCUUCUGAUUUGUCUCGUUUCUUUGUAAAGGGGAAUAUGUGGGAGGCGAGAUGGAUGGCGGGGGGGGGCCUGAAGCUUUUUACAGUAUGUACAUAACGGUAAAAAGGUACGGCUCCACCUCACCACUGAUCUCAUGAAGCUCAAUAAAAACGGUCACUUUGCUACCCUG